GUUUUAAACUUUAGGACCAAAGCUAUUAGUACCUUUUCCCAAACAUUAAGGACUAUACAUGUUACAUGAAGGAUCAAAAUAAUCCAACACCCAUACAUUAACCAUUUUGAUCAUUUUCGCUGUGCACUUCACCCAAAACCAGUAGCAAAAGUGAAAAAGUAAUGCUGAAUAUUAUCGAUAGGCGGCUGGCAUUAGUAUCGAACAUUGAAAAUUCAAUUUAGAUUUGGUCAAGGCUAUUAUAAUGGACUGUGCAGAGCAAAAAAGAUGCCAAGAACUAGCCAAAUCAUCAUCUUUUUAUCGCAGGAUAUAUUCAGAGGUAGAAGAGAUAGGAUGGGAGCACCUUGUUAAAUUUGGGGAAGAUAUGAGACUUCUCAGCUUUCGCGUCGUGGACAAGAAGGGAAGAGUGCACAUGGUGCAGAUAACUUUGGAUGGAACAUAUCCUAACCAUCCACCUUCAAUAUCAGCGGACGUGCCUUAUCUCUUCAAUUUGAAAUGGUCAAUUAACUCAAGACUGAAAGAUGUUAUCCAACAGUUUCAGAAGCAUCUUGAGAAGCUUCAGGACUUUUGGAAUCUAAUGGAUGACAUUGACCACUCGCUUUUGGUUUCUGAUCUACGGUAUCCUCAACGUGCUUUGUCACAUCGCCAACUUAAUAUAAGUAAUGACUGCAACAUCAUAUUGUCUAUAGAUGCUAAUGAUCCCACAUCCGUACCAGACUGUCGCUUUCUUGGUUCGGAUUCGGAGGUGGAGAGAUUGAGAGCGAUGUGGAGGAGAAACUGCAAAAGAUGGAUGAGAGACAAGCCUUUUUCUGAGAAUCUCGCACACGUAUUGGAUAUUCAACUUCAUGGACCUCCAAGCAUUCAGAAAACUGAUCCACAAAUUGAAUGUGGCAUUUGUUAUGCACAGUAUCUUCCAAUUGAUGAUGAACUUGGUGCUAAGAGUGGAAGUGGCACUGAUUGUACAUGUGAAAAUAACAACUGCAGUAGGGCCUUCCACAGCGUUUGCCUUGAAGAUUGGUUGCGUUCCAUCACAACAACAAGACAGUCGUUUGAUGUUUUGUUUGGCAAUUGUCCAUACUGUUCUGAUCCAAUUGCUGUCAAAAUCAAUACUAGGAAGUAAAGUAUAGUGAUAAAGACUGAUACAAAAGGCUGACGAAUACUUAUAUUUUCGACGACCUUCACCUUUGGUUACAGUGAGUGUGAAAACUUGUUAGGGAUAAUUCUUCUAAUUCUUAAUUUGUAGUACUAUCUUUUAGGGGUCUGAUUGAGGUAACUUUAGAUGAAAGUGAUAGAUAAUUACUACAACUGAAGUUCCAACUCUUAA